AUGAACGCCCAGGACCGGAACCAUGAUGUUGGGGCAUUGGACGAAGAUGAGCAUGUAAUUGGAAAGCAGGGCGAGGUUGAACAGAUCGAGAAUGUCUGCCUCUCCGCUACAUCGACCGGCCGGGAGGGGUAUCGUGCAGCAACACCUGAAGAGGUGCAACUUGACCGCCGCAUCAAUCUGAAGACAGACUGCAUUGUCAUUUUCGUGCUGGCUGCUGGAUUCCUGUUUCAAGCAAUCGAUAAAGGAAACAUUGGCAACGCAGCCACGACAGAGUCGUUUAUCAAGGACGUGCACCUUAAGCCCAAUGAUGUUUCUAACUCGGUCUCCCUCUAUGCCGCGACCUUUAUUCCAUGUAUGCCCGUCUCUGUUGCACUUGGUCGGAUUAUCGGUCCUCGUUGGUGGCUCCCAUUCAUCAUGGUUGCAUGGGGUGCAGUGACCACCGCCCAGGCGGCCAUGACCAGUCGUGCUCAGAUGAUGGCUCUUCGUCUCCUCCUGGGUGUGUGUGAGGCGGGCUACGUUCCAACUGCGUACUACUUCAUUGGAACAUUAUAUCCUACCUAUCAAGCGGGAUUCCGCAUGGGACUUAUGUCUAUGAGCUUCACCUUUGCCGGUGCCUUUUCUGGUCUGAUUGCGUACGGGUGCUUCAUUCUGCCCUCUUCAAGAUGGAAGGAUUGGCAGGUUCUUUUCCUCGUCCAGGGUAGUGUUACACUCUUUAUUUCUGUCCUGGCGUUGGUUUCCUUGCCAACCAACCUCGGCACGGCAUGGUUCCUGACCAAGAGAGAACGAGCCCAUGCGGCGCGUCGCAUGGUUGCCGACACCGCUGCGGUAUCUAGUGGCGCGGAUGCUAGCCCACAGUCAAACAGCCACAGUAUUACCCUGAGAAAUGUCGUCGAAGCAUUCAAGGACUGGAAGAAAUUUUUGAUUGUCAUUUUCAAUAUGUGUGCCACGACACCCUCGUACGGGUUUGCCAUCUUCCUGCCUCUGGUCGUCAAGGGGAUGGGAUACGAUUCAGUCAAGGCAAACCUUAUGGCUGUGCCUCCAUUCAUGGUAGGUGCGGUCGGUCUGACCACGAUUGUCUGGCUCUCCGAUUACUUCCGUGAGCGAUCGGGCUUCGCAGCCCUUUCCAUGUUCAUCUCUAUUAUCGGGUAUAUCGUCUUGAUCACGAGCUCUAACAAUCAACUCCGCUACGGCUUCCUGCACAUCGCGAUGAUAGGCGCUGGGACGGCAAACCCGCUGAUCGCCGCAUGGUUGACGGACAACACUCCGGACCAGGCCACGCGUGCCGUCAUCAUGGGCUUCUACGGGUUGACCAACAUUGCUGGCGUCAUCGCGGGUCAGAUUUUCAGGUCUAGCUAUGCGCCAACCUAUCAUGUUUCGCUGGUGGCAACGAUGGUGAUCGUGUUGGUGGGUAUGUUUGGUUUCUUAGGUGUCCGUGGUUUAUACAUGCUAGAGAACCGGAAUCGGCGCAGAGAGAUCGCAACUUGGUCUGACGAGCAGUUCCAAGCUGAACGAAUGGAUGCCAGGAAACAGGGGCAUGCGAAGAGAUAUUUUAUAUUUGGGUAUUAA